AUGAUCUUCGCCGCUGGAACCGCCUUCACGCCCGCCGGGCUUGCCGGGCUGCCCGCCCAGCGCACAGCGGCUCGCCAUGCCUCCGCGCGCGCAGGCGUGUUUGACUUUCUCGCCUUCGGCAAGGCGGGCGCAUCGCACAUCCUCGUCUCGGACAACGCACGCGCCCAGCGCAUCAAAGCUCAGAUUGAGGCAGGGCAGGUGAACUUCGCCGACGCAGCGCGUGAGUUCUCCACCUGUCCGUCCGGGGCAAAGGGUGGGGACCUCGGUACCUUUGGACCGGGCCAGAUGGUUGGAGCCUUCAACGAUUACUGUUUUGAUCCCGACACUGUCGUCGGCGAGCUCGGCCUCGUGAAGACCAAGUUUGGCUCGCAUGUCAUCAAGCUGACAAAGAAGCCGUGA